CUCUCUCUUUUUAUCUCACUCUUGUAUUUCGCUCACUCCAACGCCUAUCGUCUAGUAGUGUGUACGCAGUGUGUGUUUCCGAACGCAGCAUAGAACGACCUUUAAGGUUGGUCUAAUAAGACGAAACUUAAAAAAAGAACCAAAGCGUGAGAGAAACGUAGAGAUAGUAUCGCUCUUUAGAAUUACUAAGAGAUUACCUGGAAAAGAUGGGUGAACGCUACAACAUCCACAGUCAAUUGGAACAUCUGCAGUCGAAGUACAUUGGCACAGGACACGCCGAUACGACCAAGUUUGAAUGGCUUGUGAAUCAGCAUCGUGAUUCCUGCAGCUCGUAUAUGGGCCAUUACGAUCUGCUGAAUUUUUUUGCGAUCGCCGAGAACGAGGCCAAGGCGCGGGUUAGGUUCAAUCUUAUGGAGAAGAUGUUGCAACCUUGUGGACCGCCGCCCGAGAAGCCAGAGGAUUAAAUCGCGCCCUCAUUGUACAUUCUUUAUACGACGAUACAAAAACUCUAACGCAAUAUUGCAUCAUAUAUAUAUAUUUUUUUUUUUUACAAAGAGUUGUGUGACUCAAUCGUGUGAUGUUUCUCAUUGUGCUCCCUCUUUUGAUGCGUGCAUACACAACGUGAAUGCCUAACCUAACCUAACUUCUCCAAUAAAUGACCCGAGCUGUGUUCCACGCGCCAGUCUACUACCUAACCUAAUUUUUAUCGUGCAUUUUGCAUCAAAAGAGAAAAUAAAGAACUUUUUGUAUAAA